AACACAACCAAAGUUAGCGCGACAUCUGCAGUUCCAGUUAGACGAGCUCGUCACACUAUACAUCCUCAAGACAUGGCCAGGACAAAAAGCGGCAAAACUGGCGGCAAGCGCUCCGCUCUUCAAGACGUUGUAACUCGUGAAUACACCAUCCAUCUUCACAAGCUCGUGCAUGGCCGCUCCUUCAAAAAGCGUGCCCCUUGGGCCGUAAAAUCCGUCGUCGAUUUCGCCCGCAAGUCGAUGGGCACAACCGAUGUUCGCUUGGACCCCAAGCUCAAUCAGGCAUUGUGGGCUCGGGGUGUCAAGAGCGUCCCCCACCGGAUAAGAGUAAAACUUGAGCGCAAGCGUAAUGAUGAGGAGGGCGCAAAGGAGAAGCUUUACACGUAUGCCAGCCAUGUAGUUGUGACCUCGUUCAAGGGCCUCCAAACCGCUGUUGUAGACGCAGAGUAAGGGCUGUCGCCAGAAGGUCCUGUGUAAUCCUUUUUCACAUAUUUCAUGCCGCCAUGCAUCAUCACAUCCAGCACUAUGCUACUCCGUCAAAACUUUCGCGCAUCUUGAUGCUGUCCAUGAAUUUGAGUUUCUCUGAAACAUCUCAAGCUAGUGUUCUUGCCCGCCCAGCCAGGAUCCUGUGUUGGCCUCGAAAAGCACAACCCGAGAUGUACUGGUUUAUCUGAAGCAGAUGGGUGAUUCACAUUGAUCUGUCGUGGAACCACCUUUGUGACAAUGCGAAUAUGAAUAUGAAUAUUUCAUUUGGCCAUCUACGCUCACAGGUAUCUAAGUACCGAUGGGAUAUCCGUAGUCACGUGAUUAAAC